AUGGCUACAGAAACUGAACCACCUCUUACAUGCCCUUCGUGUAAUGUAAUCAUUGAGCUGACUAGAGAAGAGGCAGUACUCGCCUCUAGAAAAUAUCAUCUUCAGAAAAAACAAACUGACACUGGACAGGGUAAUGAGGAGCUUAUGACUUCACUAAGAUUGGUAGAAGGUGGCUCUUGUGCUGGGCAGGGGGGUCAAUCGAAGCAAGUCACUAUGCAGGAUCAGGCGACAAGCCCAAUCAUGAUUGAGGAUGAGGAUGACAAUGAUAACCGGUCUAAUUCUAUUGAUAAUAGAAGAAAUUCAUCAAGAAGACGGACCUCUCCAAGGAUCACUCGUGAACAAGAAAAAUUCCAGACCCUGUUGCAAGAAUUAUCUACGCCUGCUAAGGGAGAGAAAGCCGAAAAUGUUGAUGAGGAGGAGGAUGCUGAUGGAUCUAAUCGUGAGAAUGAGACUCUAUCAGAUUGGAAAGAUCGAAUUUGGGACAUAUUAAUGUGUAAUGUUUGGUUCAGAAUAAAUAUAGGAAUAUGCUAUUUUUGUAAUCAGCUUGUCUAUUCCAAAUUAGGAAGCGAAUAUGAGUAUUUCCAUGCAUUCUUUAUGGAAAAGCAUUGGCAUACAAAUUGUAUUGAAAAUGAAUAUUGUGAUAUGAGCUUCGAAGACUACAUAAAGCUGAAAAAUAAUCCUCCACCUUGCUAUUUCACAAAGAAGGCAAUCCAUCGAUAUGAGAUGUGGUUGAAAAAUGUAUCAAAUAGGAUUAGACGUAUCAGCAAAGAAAUAUCUCCUGUUGCAUUAAUGGGUGGUCUUAAGAGAUACCCUAUGCGACAUAGUACAAAUGCACCUGAAAUUUUGGCCUAUAGAUUUGAGAGAAGCCAUGUCUUGAUUAAUGCUGAAGAAUAUUUUAAUUCU